CCUGUCCUCAAGGGUCACAAUCCUGGACUGCUGAUGGCCCCUGCCUGAGAGAGACUUCAAAGGAAUAGAAAGAAAUGGGUCUUGAAAAUGGAAAUCAGGAGCUGAAGAAACACCUAAGUUGCAGGGUUUUUUUUUUUGUUUGUUUGUUUGUUUUUGUUGUUUUGAGCAUUUGUCACAACAAUGAUAAUGAGCAACCAAAAAGGAAUAGAAGGGAGAAGAGAGAUCAUCUAUGAGAACUGCUGUGUGUGCACACGCAUGUACACACGUGUGUGCAUGUACAUGUGUGUGUGCAUGCUCACAUGCACAUACAUAUUCUGGAGGACAAACAGGACAACCUCAGCUGUCUUUCCUUAGGUGCUCAUCACCUUGUCUUUUGAGGCAGGGUCUCUCACAGGGCUGGAACUCAUGCCAAGUAGGCUAAACUGGCUGCCCAGCCAGUACCAUGGCUCUGCUAGUCUCCUCCUCCGAAGCAUUAGGGUACAAGCAUGGACCACUCAUCUAAAAGAAAAAUGUCUAAUGAUGACCUUUGAAAGCCAAGAUGCUCCUUGUUCCAGGUGUUUAUUAGAGUGUAACAAGUUAAUACAAGACUGGGUGACUUAAGACAAGAACCUCUCAUGACUCAGGCAGGGCUCAGAUGAGAGAUUUGUGUAGUCCAGAGGACACACGCAGAUACUAGUCCAGUGGAUUCUGGGUUUGAAGUUUGGGGGAAAACUACAGCCCUAUUUUGCUGUGUCACUGAAUGAUCGAUCAGGAGGUUGGACUCAAAUGAACUACCCACCUGACACAUACAUGUGGCCUUCCCACCGAGGUUCAAGGUUCCCUGACUGGACGAGUGUUCCAGGGGUCAAGGUCAGCAGCUUCGGUUUUUAUGUCCUUCCCUUAGAAGUCACACAGUGUUUUCUUUAAUGAAGUCCGCUGGUUGGGACAGUCUCGGGCAACCCAGUCUCAAGCACAGAAGACCCAGCUCUGCCUUUUUAUAAGAGGAGUCUGAGAAUUUGCCAACACCUGUGUUAAGGUCCCUACCUGCUGCAUGUGUGUUUGUGUGCAUGAGGAAGCCACCAUACCUGGACACGCAGUAUCACUAUCAUCGCAGCAUCCAGGACACUGGGAGAGUUGUGGGCUUCGGAGAAGGAAGAAGCACCCGACCCCCACACACCAGAGACACUAGCAGGAACCGGUAACCCGGGCCCCUCAGGUGGAGGAGGCAUCUUGAAGCGGCAGCAGCAGGGAACAACAGAGAGGAGGGUAACACUGUGAGGGCAGGAGGCCUCUGAUGGUAUAUCCUCCAGGGAAUGACAACCCCAAGGACAAACAGGGCAGGUGAGCAUAGCUUAGCAUCUCACAGGACAGUGUGUGAGGAGGAAAGGACGGCUGAGCGUGACUCGGGUUCUCAGAGAGCUGGAGCGCAGCUCUGUGUCUCAGAAAGCAAACACCCAAUGUGGUGGGUUACUGUUUCCCCUAGAAAACAAGAUGUGUUUGUCCUUGGGAGAGGGGAAGAAGGAAGAAAUGGAUGACCAAUGGGGGGACUUUGAAAUACAGAGAGUGAUGUGGAGGGAUCUCUGAGGAAGGCAGGAGGUGAGAUUAUUCACUAAAAUUAAAAAAAAAAAAAAAGAGUAAAUCUGCUGCACACUCUCUAUGAAUAUAUGACUUCUAAGAACGUCUGUUCAGUAGGCAGAUGAUGGAAUUUUCCAAGUAUUUAGAUUAAUUCGGAUUUACUUUAAUGCUUUCUCUUACUGAUAUCAUCUACCAUAGAUGAGGAGUAUUUUUUUUUAAUAUAAGAAAUUGAAGCUACCUCUCUCCUCUACUUCCCCACAAACAGCUGCUGGAGGCAGUUCUACUUCUACAUGUUAGCCUGCUUUGCAGACACAGUUCUGUUACAGGGUACAGCAUAAACGGUUCGCAUAUUUGAGAUUCCAGACAGCUGUGCUUACGUCUGCAUAGUCUUCAAAUUCAUCUUUAAAGAUCAGAUGUCAUCUUGGCUGGGGAACGGUUCAGCAGUCCAGGUGCUAACCACGGUCCCGGCAACCGGAGUCCAUUCCCGGAGUUCAUUGGAGACAUUGAUAAUAAUGAUAAUGCUAUGAUGAUGAUGAUGAUGCUUCAACAUUUUUUUUUUUAAUUCGAGUCCUGAGUGUCUGACCACAAGUCUGGGUACCCAAGUACUUUACCACUACGUCAUCUUUCCUGCUCCCAUUCCCCUAGUUAGGAGCCUUUAGAAUGUCCCUGACUCUUGACUCCAUGUGCAUGUAAUGACAAAAAUACACCUCUGUGUGUGGAGUGGUGGUUUGAAUGAAAAUGGCCCCCACAGGCUCAUAGGGAGUGGCGCUAUUAGGAGGUGUAGCCUUGUUGGAGGAAGUGUGUCGCAGGGGAUUGAGCUUUGAGGUUUUAAAUGCUCACGCUGACCCAGUUUUAUUCUUUCUCUCUCUCUCUCUCUCUCUCUCUCUCUCUCUCCUGUUUGCCAAUCCAGAUGUAGAACACUCCGCUCUUUCUCCAGUAUCAUGUCUGCCUGUGUGCCACCAUGUUCCCAGUCAUGAUAAUUAUAGACUAAACCUCUAAAACCGUAAACCAGACCCAGGUAAAUAUUUUCCUUUAUGAGAACGGCUGUGGUCAUGGCGUCUCUUCACAGCAAUAAAAACCUAAGACAAUAGGUAUGAUGUAUGGCACGAUAUAUAAGACAGGAUACAGCUAUGCUGAGUCUUAUGUAUGUGACUGUCAUCCUUCUCUAGGAAGUGUCACAGAGUCAGGUCCUCCACCCCCACCCCUAGAAGCACACAGCUAGACUCUAGAAGCACACGGCUGCACAUGUCUAUGCAGAAAUGUAGAACCCAACCUCAUCCACCAUCAGUUCCUCCGUGCCCUAGCGCACAUUUCCAUUUCUGUCUCCUGACCACGAAGUCCUUAAAGUUUGGGGUAUUGUUUAGGCUAAAAUCCAGAAGCUGUGUUUUCCUGUUCCAGGUGGAGGAUGGGGUCAGGAGAGGAUUCAAGUAGCUUUUUAGAAAGAGGUUCAUUGUAUUUUCAAUAGUCUGGGCAGCAAAUGGCUUAGCUGUCCAGUCAACAAGACAGAGGAAGACAGGAUCUAUCUGUACCCUUGGUAUUUGGCUAUAGUAGCUUUAAUCAGGAGGAAUGCCUGGGGGGACAAAAGUAGCUAGGACGGGGGUUACGGUGGCGCGCGCGCGCGCGCGCACACUCUCUCUCUCUCUCUCUCUCUCUCUCUCUCUCUCAGCUCAGGCCUGCUGACUGCACUGGGGAAGGGAAGAGGGAGCCAGGCAGCCUCCGGGUGGCCUGGCCAGGGUCUGGCGCCACCAAACCUGCACUUUCCGGUUUCGGAAGCCAGGUAGGGGGCGCGGGCAGCCAGCAGCUCCCGCCAAGUGGGUGAGAGCGCUCCGCCCGACCAACUCCCGCUACCUGAGCCGGCCACCACGUCACCGCCACAUCAUCUGGCCUCUUGUAUUUGCACGAAACCAGGAAAGGGAGCGGCGGCGGGAGGCGCGGAGCGCGGGCGCCGGGAAGAUGCUGCAGUCCCUGGCCGGCAGCUCGUGCGUGCGCCUGGUGGAGCGGCACCGUUCGGCCUGGUGCUUCGGCUUCCUGGUGCUGGGCUACCUGCUCUACCUGGUGUUCGGCGCCGUGGUCUUCUCGUCCGUGGAGCUGCCUUAUGAGGACCUGCUGCGCCAGGAGCUGCGCAAGCUGAAGCGGCGCUUCCUGGAGGAGCACGAGUGCCUGUCGGAGCCGCAGCUGGAGCAGUUCCUGGGCCGCGUGCUGGAGGCCAGCAAUUAUGGAGUGUCGGUGCUCAGCAACGCCUCGGGAAAUUGGAAUUGGGACUUCACCUCGGCGCUCUUCUUCGCCAGCACCGUGCUCUCCACCACAGGCUAUGGCCACACGGUGCCCCUGUCAGAUGGGGGCAAAGCCUUCUGCAUCAUCUACUCUGUCAUCGGCAUCCCGUUCACCCUCCUCUUCCUGACGGCCGUGGUCCAGCGUGUCACCGUGCAUGUCACCCGCAGACCAGUCCUCUACUUCCACAUACGCUGGGGCUUCUCCAAGCAGGUGGUGGCCAUUGUCCAUGCCGUUCUGCUGGGAUUUGUCACCGUUUCCUGCUUCUUCUUCAUCCCAGCCGCCGUGUUCUCUGUGCUGGAGGAUGACUGGAACUUCCUCGAGUCUUUUUACUUCUGUUUCAUCUCCCUGAGCACCAUCGGCCUGGGGGACUAUGUUCCAGGGGAAGGCUACAACCAGAAGUUCCGAGAGCUGUACAAGAUCGGAAUCACGUGUUACCUGCUCCUCGGACUCAUCGCCAUGCUGGUUGUCCUGGAGACCUUCUGUGAACUCCACGAGCUGAAGAAGUUCAGGAAGAUGUUCUACGUGAAGAAAGACAAGGACGAAGACCUGGUUCACAUCAUGGAGCACGACCAGCUGUCCUUCUCCUCCGUCACUGAGCAGGUGGCUGGCCUGAAGGAGGAGCAGAAGCAAAAACCCAGAAUUGCUACCACAAGCUGGGAGGCCUAACAAACUCAAGAGAAAAUCGGUACGAUAUUCUGUUCCUGUAUACAUUUCUACCCUCUUGCAACGGUGUAGGACCAGACAACAAGUGAGGAAGAGAGUUGGUGAGAAGGUGAAUCUAUUUGGACUGGAAGGCAUACCACCACUUCUACCCACUUCACAGGUCUGGAGGGCAUACCACCAUUUCUACCCACCUCACACUAAAGCACAAUGGCAGUCCCCCUCUCCCCUGAACAGAUUAUGUCAGGUUAAUCUGAGAAUUCUACAUUUAGAAUCUGAAAUCAAUAAAAUCAUGGCAGAUGGCAA